CUGUGGGGGUAAUGGCGACGGAUUCAGACACGAAUGCUAUCGCCGAUUUUGAUAUAGAUGAAGUUAUAGAUUGGGACAAGCACGAUAUUCCUUCAAAGGACAUUGAGUUUGACCAACUUCAAAGUUUGAAUGUAGCAGGAUCCAAUGUGGUUUCAACACCCACUACACAAUCAUCGGCAACAAGUUCUCGGAACAGUGGAGGGAAUGAAGGUCUGGUCCUGGACAGGAGCUUGCAUCAUAGCCGUGACCCUGGAACAGCUAUUGUCAGUUUACCCCAAGUUGCACAAUCCUCAGCUAUAAAUCCAGUAUUUCCUGGAGACCCUAGCUCUUUGUUAAAUGAUAUCCGUCAGGAGUACCUUCAUGCACAGAGUAUUGUAGGACGUUCUAGGACGCCACCAACUCCAACUUUUCCAUCAGAAAACUUUGAUUUACCACCAAUUACACCACCUGGAUCAAUGCAUGGUCAUUCAACCUUUACUGUUGGUCAGCAGCCUCUGAGAAUGGCCCUUUUAGCAAAUCUGAAUAGGCCAGCAACAGUUCAACCACCGAUGCCCUCCUUUGUGCAGACAAACCUCCCUCCCUCUAUGAACAAUGUUAGCAUGAAUCCUCAGCUUCAGUCAAUGGGAAGUGACUCUAACAUUGAGCAACUCAUUGACGAAAUUGUAGAGCGAGAUAUGCCUCAAGGUGUCAGUGAGCCAAUUGUAUUCACACCUCAAGUUCCACAGGAGCCAAAUCCUUCAACAGCUCAUUUACAGAUGGCAUCAGAUGCUUUACAAAAGGGCAUUUCCUCCGGGCCUGUUCGCUCAUCAAGUCCUGGACAGUUAUCAGUUGCUCCAUCAGUUUCAGCUGUCAAAAAUACACUACCUCUUGGAGUAGUAACAGGAGGAAGCCCUUUAAAUAGUGCCAGUAGUCCAGGAAGUCCACUUGCAUCAUCCAGAAGUCCAAGUCCCAAUGUAAAGCAAACAAACCAUGCUGGAAAAUUAUCUGCUUCAGUAAGGUCCACAAAUCAAUCUGUGAGACACCCAUCACCUAGUAUGCAGCCUGGCUCUCCAAUGCAGAAUAUGGGAGGGUUGUCUCCCUCUCAGUCAUCAGUGAAAGCCACAAGGACAUUUUCUUCACACAGCCCUCAGAUUCUAACAAGUUCUAAGAUGCUACAAAUGGCUGUUCCGUCAGUUGUUGCGUCUUCAAGUAACAAAGCUGGGUCAUCUCUUUCUCAAUUUGGGAUAAACUCAGCAAAGUUAGCACAGAGUAAUGUUCCCAUUAAAAGUAAUGUGGAAGGAACAGGUGUACAUUCUCAGGGUUCUAGAAUUACCACGUCAGCACCUGUAGUUCAAUCAACUAGUCUACAGAUCCAGGGAGAAAACAUGGCUACUCAUAAUAUAGGUGUUUCUGGUACAAAUCCCAACAACAUGUCUACGCAGAAAAUUUUGCAAGGGACCAUUAUAAAUCCAGUUGCUACCCAGUCUGGUGUAAAACACAAUCAAACUAAUCCGUUACAAGCUUUCACAUCAAACCCUGCAUUGUUGAGUCAGCUUGUAAAAGCCAUUGGACAGCCUAAGCAACAGGGACCAACUAGUCAGAUUGUAGCAUCAACAGGAAAUAUUCAGACUGGUCAACCACUUAUUUGUUACGUUGUUCCACAAAAUCCAACAUCAGGAGCUCAGAGUUCACAAGUCACCAAAUCGUCUCUUCCUGUAGCUGCGUCAAAUCAGCCUGUAAAAAUGAUAUUAGUUAAUACAAAUUCAACUCUUAAAUCACCUGUGUCAGUGAAACAGCAACCAACUAAAAUGACUUUAAUGAAUGCAGCUAAUCCUGGUUUGAAUUCCAAGAAUGUGUUAUCUUUGUCUCAACAUGGAGGUGCUAAUGCUCAACUGGAAGCUAUCUCAAAUCCAAGCAUUGGUAAUCUAUUGUCAUAUGCAAAAUCUGACCCUUUAUCUUUAAGUGGAGUUAAUGGUGAAGCAAUCUUAGCACAAAAUAAUGCAGAACCCUUUAUGCAGCUGGGUACAACAGUGCAAAAAAUAUCUCCUGGGUUGUUUGUAAAUAGUCCACAUGGGAAACAAAGUUCAACGACCAUAGGAUCAACACAACCAAGUAGUAUACCUCUGCAACAAACACCUUUGCCAGGUAGUGGUAAUGUAGUUCAAAUAACAUUUGUCAAUGAGGCAACUGCAAUUAGUCAAGUGGUUGCUGCUACACCCUCAUCUACAUUGUCAUCAUUGUCAUCAACAUCAGGUACAAGCCAGGCUGUGUCGCAAGCCAGCAUCAAACCAUCUGCUCCAGGUCCUGCAGAAGACCAAAUGUCAUCACCACAUGUUGCAUUAAGUUCUAGCACAGAGCAAAUGAUUAGUGGGAAUCACCAGGACAGUGAUGAUGAAGAUGAUGAUGACAGUACACCUUUAUCACAAGUUGCUGAAAGCCUAAAGAAGGUGACUGGUGCUGAUGAUGUUAAAAGAAAGAAAAAGAAAAAGAAAGAUAAAGGAACUAAGCGUAAGAAGAGAGAAAAAGAUGGUCUGGAGCUCAACAAGCCUCUUACAGCUUAUGAGCUGUUUUUCAAGGAGACACAGGCAACCAUACGCUCAAAAAACUCUGUGGCUCAUUUUGAAGAAAUCAAGAAAAUUGUGGACCAGAUGUGGGAAAACCUAAAUGAAAACAACAAAAAGGCUUUGCAAGAGAAAGCACAGCAGGAAUAUAAAAAAUCACAAGAGGAACACCAGGCUAGAAAGUUUUUACAAGAGGAAGAACCAACUGUAAAACUCAGGAAGAUUGACAGAGCAGAUUCUAUAUCAUCACCCAGUGUGGGUAUACCUGGUACAUUGGAACCCAACAAAGACACUUCUGCUGUGGCUGUUGGUAAACCCCUGAGCCGUACUCUAAGUCAGACUCCUAUGGCUGGAAAGCCGGUGGCAACCGUACCUCCAAUGGCAGCUAAUAAGGCACCAACUGGCACAACAACUCAGUCAACAGUCUCUACAAAGGCUAAGAAGAGCAAAGUUACAGUGAAGCCAAUAACUAAGCGAAUGUGUCUGUGUGAUGGUUGCAACAAGCCAGCGAGUACAACAAAGGAACGUGGCACUCAGUACUGUAGUAAUGAGUGUAUUGUCAAACACUGCAG